UGUUGACCCGUGGUGUAAUGUUGACCAAAACUUUUUUUAACGCAAAUAUUUUCCUUCAAAUAUUAAUUGUGCUUUGCCAUUUUAAGCUAGAAACAUGGGAUAAAGCUCAAAAUGAUCAGAAAUGUUUAUAGAAUUAUUUAAAAAUAUUAAAGAAACUUAAAAUAUAACUGUUACGACCCUGACCAAAGUAACGUUCGUCGAUAAUAUUUUGGAGAUUUUACACUGUUCGAAAGCGACAAUUUAUAUCAUAUUGAUAACUAAAAGACAAAUACCAAUAAAUGAAAAAAAAAUAGGUUUCCUUAUAAAAAAAUACCUGAAAAAUCCAUUUUUGCCAUUAAAAAACACCUAAUUGCAAGAGUUAUGGCACAGGGACGGAUUUAAUUUGGGGGCAAAUGUUGACCAUUUGGGUUGGGUAAUGUUGACCAUGUGUGUAUCGGCUAUAUAUACAAGUGUUUUCGUAGAUUCUGCAUGUUUUAUCUUUUUCUAAGCUUGGUUUUUGGUCUUCUGCUUUCAGAUUGCAUGCUAGUAAGACGAUUCCAAUAAUAUCAAGAUGCCAAGGACGUAUGUGAAGGGCUCGACGGGUAGGAUGUGCCACAAGUAUUCCCCUGAGGCACUAGAAGAGGCAAUGGAAGCAGUGAAAAGUGGACGUAAAUCAAUUAACAAAGCAGCCAAGGACUUUAAAAUACCUAAAGGGACUCUAGUGAAUAAACUAAAGGGUAAAUACGGUGACAAAAUGGGACGACCCUGUGUCCUAAAUGAGCACGAAGAAAAAGUACUAGUGAAUCGGCUGAUACUAUGCGCCCAAUAUGGCUUCCCCCUUACGAGGAUGGAUCUUAGAAUCGUCAUCAAAACAUAUCUUGAAUCUACUGGGAGAGAUGUGUCUCAAUUUAAAAGUAAUCUCCCAGGUCUUGACUGGCUUCGUUCAUUUCUAAAGAGACACAGUACAUCACUGACAGAGAGAAUUGCUAACAACAUCAAACGCGCUAGAGCAGAAGUUAGUGAAGAGAUGUUGAGAGAAUAUCAUACAGACCUACAGAAAGAACUGAAAGACAUUCCUCCAUCAAAUAUCUUCAACUACGAUGAAACAAACUUAACAGACAGUCCGGGUAGAAAGAAACAUGUAUUCGUAAAGGGUGCAAAACACUGUGACAACAUUAUGAAUACAACUAAAUCAGCAAUAUCACUUAUGUUUUGUUGUGCUGCAGAUGGCACACUUUUGCCACCCUUCGUGGUUUACAAGGCUUUAAACAUGUACCAAAGCUGGACAACUAAUGGACAUAGAGGUAAACCAUGUUGCAAUGAAGUGUGCUGCAAAGGUGGUGUGAACUAUAGUUGUACUGCAAGUGGGUGGUUCGACCACAUCAGCUUCAGUCAGUGGUUUAAGACUGUCGUCAUUCCCCAUGCAGGAAAACUUUCCGGACCAAAAGCACUUAUUGGAGACAACCUACGGUCCCACUUCUCGUACGAGGUGCUGGCCCUUUGUGAGCAACAUAAUAUCAAGUUUAUUUGCCUGCCACCAAAUGCCACACACUUGGCCCAGCCGCUAGAUGUAGCAGUCUUCCGCCCUCUGAAACAGGCAUGGUCUGAUGUUGUCACCAAAUUCAAGAUAGAUCAUCCAACUAGCAGCUGCACCAACAAAAUCUUAUUCCCAGGCCUUUUGAAGCAGCUACUUCUUCACCCUAUCAUCAAUGACAAUGUACACUCCUCUAUCAAGAGUGGAUUCAGAGCCACAGGUAUCAACCCACUUAGUAUUGAUCCACUACUGAAACGGCUGACUGGCAAGAAACGUAAGGUAGGCCAAGAAAUGUCACCAGAGGAAGAAACUGAAGCCAUGGAUACAUCGUUGACAGAGUUCCUGAAAGAGGCUAGGUUCCCCAAGAAAAAAAACCCUGCUGAACAGAAAACACAGCGGAGAGGACCAAAGAUUAAGCCUGGUCAAGUCAUCCCCUCCUCAUCAUUAGCUGAUGUCACCUUCCGCCAUAAGAAGCAGCGCCAUGCAGAGAACCCAGCCCAAGAGGACCUAAAUGAACCAAGACCCAGUACAAGUGGCACAAGUGGAACAUCAAGUUACAUCUCAGUCUCAUCAGUAGUUCAAAAAAGCAACAAGGACCUUACAGUUUCUGAUUUUGUGUUGGUUAAUGUGCCAAAAAAUCGAGGUGGUUGUAAGGUCUUCUUAGCUCAGGUAAUGUCUACAGUAUUGCCUGAAGAUGGCUCAGAGAAGAAGUUUCAAAUCAUGUAUUAUAAACCAGUUCCUGGUAGUGAUAGGACAAAAUUCAUUCCAAAUCAUAAAGAUAUAGAUGACAUUUUUCUGAGAGAUAUUAAAGUGAAGGUGCAACAGCCAACACUAAAUCAAAGGGAUCAAUAUGUCUUUGCAGAAUCACUGGAUAUUUAAGUUGGAUCCAUAGAAAAAGAGAAUGCUUUAAAAUAAUGCUUAGCAGUACACUUUAAAAUUAUAGGCCUACAAGGCCUACAGUUAAUGUGAAAAAUAAUCUUUUUAUGUUCAAGAAAUAUUGUUUAAGUUCGUGUUAAAAAGGAAAAAAAAACCCAUUUUUUUGAUUGUCUAUGAAUGACCAAUGGUCAGGUUUACUCUACAUUAUCUAAAAAGUGGUCAGGAUUACACCUCCAAAGUCAUUAGAGGGGUAUACAGGCAUUUCAAGUAGGUGGUCACCUUUACCCUAGCAAUUUUGAUCCUUGGUCAUGAUUACCCCAAUUGUGUGGGUAAAGUUGACCACCCAUAUAUUUUGGUACAUCCUAUACUAAAUAUUUUUGUUUUCAAUUAGCAUUGUGG